AGACUAGCUGUGAGAGGCUCAAGGGCGAACGAUGCGUGUCCCCGAUGCGCAGCCAUGAGGAGGGCCGUUCUGGCUUGGCUUGGCGGCGUGGCGGCUCAAAGCUUGUCUGACUAUGAGGUGGUCCAGCAGGGCAACGAGGACAAGGGACACAUCUACAUCUUUCCGCACCUUCGGGGUGGGCAUGCUGCCUUGGAGUCGCAGAGAACGCUAAAUCAGUUCAAGGAGCUGGGAAUUCUGGAGGAUAUGAAGAAGUGUAAUCGGGACUCAACAGACUACAUUAAUCGCGAGCUAUGCAGGCUGCGGCGUGACCUAAAUCUCUCCGCAGUUUUUGUGCCUUCUCAAUUGAUGCAGCGCUUGGAUGAUGAUGGUUGCUUCCGAUCUGCCUGGCGAGAGAGAUUCGUAAAACACUUAGAGAAGCUGCUUGGCUUAGGCACUUGGCAGAGGUUUGUUUAUUGAACUGCUCCGUUUCGGGAGAGGCGUUUUGCGACUGCCAAGGACGAAUGUGGUGGUCAGCUUAGAUUCUGCCACCGUUUUUGUCCUUCCUGCGCGACUCGCUUGCUGACACGCAAGGCAUGGCGAGACUUCAGCGCCAACUGUGACGCACAGAUUGUAGGAAAGCAGGCCAAUGCUUUGUACGGAUUUCAACUCCCCAACCCUUACGGGCUCUUCAUGAUCCAGAACAGUGAAGUUCGAAUUUGCC